GCCUACGGAGGGAAAAACCUCUUCCUUCCCGUUCGUUCCAAGAUGACCCUUAAAACUCGGACAGCCGUUUCGCUGCACAAUACUACCGAGCAUGCUCAGUAGAGCUACUGAAGUAUUUUGCCCUCUUUCUCUGAAUCGACAAAGCUCAUUCUAAACAUGAGCAAGAGCCGUAAACAGAACACGGUGGUUGUUUUUUAAGUUAAAAAAAAUUCCACUGCAAAUGCAAAGAUAUAACCGGGACGAAGCGUAUAAUCUGUCCAGGAAGGAGUGGAGGCCGAUUAUUUUGGCUUCCGGAUCAAGGAGUUGAGAGCAUGCGCUGCUGUUGGUUGAGUCCUGGAGUCUGCUGCACAGAAAAGCGCUUCAUUCUCUUUGAACAGCAUUUUCAACUGAAGAGCACUGAGUGAAAGUUUCAUUUUUUAAGAUAAAACUUCUGAAUUAGCUGAUGAAUCACUUCAUUUUGGAAGAUCUAUGACUGAAGAUGGUCCAGUUAACAAAAGCAACAAAGCUUCAAAUAAUUAACUGUCUAUUGCGGAGGCAGGUUGUGGCCAGAGACAGUACCCCAGCCAAAUAUGCUUCAUUUUCAGAGGUUCUGCAGUUACAGGAGAAACAGUACACAGGAAUUGCUUCACCUCUCCAACAGCUGACAAAAUAUAUGGCCCCUGGUGUGGACACUUCAUGUUUUCAGAUUUUCAGCCCUAGCCAGGAGGACAUCAAGAGAGCAGAGGCAUUUUUCAUACCAUCACGGCAGCACAUCAUUGACUAUUUCAUCUCUGCUGUCCGGAUGGAUCAUAUCCCACAAUUGUCACAGCCUGAGGUUUGCUUUUUAGGAAGAAGCAAUGUUGGAAAAUCCUCCUUAAUAAAAGCCUUGUUUGCAUUGGCUCCUGAUGUUGAAGUUAGAAUUUCAAAACAUCCCGGUCAUACAAAGAAAAUGAAUUUCUUCAAAGUGGGGAAAUUAUUUACAAUGGUGGAUAUGCCAGGUUAUGGCUACAGGGCACCUGAAGAUUUUGCAGAGAUGGUGGAGCCUUAUUUAACCCAGCGCCAGAAUUUGAAACGGACUUUCUUAUUAGUGGAUGGUGUAUUAGGAAUUCAGCCAGUAGACCAUAUUGCUAUACAAAUGUUGGAAGAAUUUGGGAUUCCUUAUGUUUUUAUAUUAACAAAAAUUGACAGAGCACCAAAAUCUGUGAUGGCAAAAAAUGUGAUUGAAAUCCAAGAUUUCAUAAAGAAGAAUACACAAGGGUGCUUUCCUCAAGUCUUUCCAAUCAGUUCUGUGUACUAUUCUGGAAUCCAUUUGCUGAGAUGUUUUGUAGCUCAUGUAGCUGGAAGUUUUCACUUAUCUUCAUGACAGUUAUUCCUACCUGUCUCUGAAAGGAAUGAAGGACUUCCCUGUUUCUUUUUUUUCAAAAACUCUGUAAAGGUUGCAAAAUAAAUCAGUUUAAGUUCUUUAUACAGCUCCAUCUUCAGCAUUGUACUACAGUGUAUACAUUUGCUAGGCUAGAACAAAUCAAUUGCUAUAUUUUAAGCAAUACAUUUGAAUGAAAGUAUGAGCUGAAUUUGUAUAUUACUAAAACCAAUGGUGGUCAAGCAUCUUUCUGUAAUGUCUGGUUCUGUAUUUACUUAAGACCCACUGAACUCAUUGGGACUUAGAUAUUAAAGCAAGAAUCUGUUGGGUUGCAGUCAAUAUGUGCUUGAACUGUAUAUUACAGUGCAAUCCUGUGCAACAUUACUCUAAACCCAUUUGAUUUCAUGGGUUUAGACUGGAGAACUCUGUAUAGAGCUGCACUGUCUGUCUUUCAGUGCUCUUAGGUAUGCCUGACUUCCCAUGUUGGCUGGGUCUUUUCUUCAAAAUAAACUUUUAAAAUUGCAA